UCGAAUCUGACCUGUGACGAUUUCCUGCAUGUCUUCCCCCUCUCUCUCAACUUGCUGUCCUGUCGAUUAAAUGCAGAACCCCCCCCCAAAAAAAAAGAAGACGAAGAGGUUCGAUUGAAUCGGUGAUCGUUUACUUGAGUCCUAAUUGGGGUACUUCCUGUUUCAAAGUCCAGCUUUUAGCAGUUAGCUAGUAAUGGAGAUGUUACGCAGGAGCUUCAUAUGUCAGUGUUUAUUUAUUGCACCGCGUUGUGAGAGUGUUUCAACAGCAGACAGACAGACAGACAGAUAUGCAGCCGUCUGUGGAGUCUCUUGUCCGACUCCUGGAGUCAUACAGAGGAAGAGAUAAAGUUAUCAGGACUGUCUGUUAUGGCUCGCAGCUGGUUGGAGGAGUUCUUUCCCGGAAGGCAGAAACAGACGUUUCAUCUCACCGGCUCGGGAAACGUCUGCUGCUGUUUUCUGCUCAGCUUAGCCACUGCCGGACGGUGCUGAGGCUGUUUGAUGAUCUGUCCAUGCUGGCUUACUCCCACAGCUAUGGGUUUGGAGGCCGGGAGGAGGACGUGGGUGUGCGCUGGAUAUCGGUGCUGACCAACGUGGCCGACCAGCUCUACUACCCCUGUGAACACAUCGCGUGGGCUGCUGAUGCUGAGCUGAUCAAAGUGAAGUCUGAUAAGUGGUGGCUGUUUGGCACGGUGCUGUGGGGAACCUCGCUGCUGCUGGGAAUACUCAGAUCGCUCAGAGUUCUGCUGCUACUGAAGAAGAAGCUCAAGAGAUAUGAGAGGGAUGGAGCUGGCCACAGUCGCUCUCAGCUCCGCAGACAGAUGCGUGGGGAAGUUCUCUCCAUCCUCAGCAGCAUGGCUGAUCUUAGUAAUGCCAUUCAUUGGAUGCCACCCGGCUUCCUGUGGGCGGGACGAUUCCCCAACUGGUUGGUGGGGCUGAUGGGCACCAUCUCCUCUCUGAUUGGUUUGAUCCAGAUGAACGCUGGGCACAGCAACGAGACAGACAGUACAUUGUCUUCACCUCACAGUGAGGAAUAGAUCAGGUGCUUUAAUUGCUGACUGACUGAAUGAAUGAUGUGUACUGGUGGAAAAUGCUGAGUGAAAGGAUGUGUAGCAGAUCUGGAAUGUGAUCAGAUUCCUGUCCGACUGUCUGUGGAGAUUUAUUUCUAUCUUGUACCGACUAUAAUGUCUAAAGAACAUAAAAAAAAUCAUCUGGACCUAUAA